CAAAGACUCAAAGGUAAAAUGGAUAUGACUUCGGAGCUAUGAUGCCCAGCAGCAAAUACACAGCCGUAACUCAAGACCCAGCAUGCCCUAUGAGACCCUUGAACAGAUGGACAGUAGCUGAAGUAUAGCUGUUCACAGAGCACUUACUCUGUUCAGCAGAAGACAAUUUGAAGUAAAAUAUCUUCCCUUUUUACAUAGAAAUGUUCAGGUGAUAUUUUCAUGUCAGAUUUUCACAGUUAUGCACACUUUCAAGAGAUUUAGCAUAUGACGUAUUACGAUCUUUUAACCAAGAAUCAUAAAUGAUAUAGAGUCAUCAUGAACUGGAGUGUAUAUGAAGCACUUCUGACAGGUGUUAACAAGUACUCUACAGAAUUUGGACGUAUUUGGCUUUCUAUAGUCUUUAUCUUCCGGAUCCUUGUUUAUGCCGUUACUGCAACCAAGGUUUGGGGUGAUGAUCAGAAAGACUUUGAGUGCAACACAAGGCAGCCAGGAUGUGAGAAUGUUUGCUAUGACCAUUACUUCCCAGUAUCCCAUAUCCGGCUUUGGGCACUUCAACUAAUAAUGGUCACUUGCCCUUCUCUCUUGGUUGUUAUGCAUGUUGCUUACAGAGACAACAGGGAGAUGAAGAACAAAGAGAAGCUGGGGGAGAAGUAUAGGACACUUUACACAGACACAACCAAGAAACGAGGAGGCCUGUGGUGGACAUAUCUGGUAAGUCUUUUAAUAAAAGCGACUAUAGAUUCCAUCUUUAUCUACAUCUUCCACAGGCUGUAUGAGAACUUCUAUUUGCCUAGAGUGGUAAAAUGUGCCAUCUCUCCUUGCCCGAACAUUGUAGACUGUUUCAUAUCCCGACCAGCUGAGAAAAACAUCUUCACCCUGUUUAUGAUUAUUACUUCUGCUGUCUGUAUCCUGUUGAACCUUGUGGAGGCAAUAUAUCUAGUUGGCAAGAAGUGCAAGGGAGCUGCACUGGCUCGUACAACACACACAGCCAAGGUGGAAGCAAUAGAAUGCACUCACAUCUGCAUCAAAGAAGAAAGCAAACUCACAGAGUGUGAGAUACAUGAUAUCAAGAAAAUGGAUACUGAGACCUUGAACACUGAUAAAAAGAGUGACAGUACCACAAAGAAAUGAUUUGUUGCUCAGUGUUAGAUUUUGAACAGAUCAGAGACUUUCAUAUGGAUGUCAAAAAAGUUAUGUUAGUCAUUCCUCUGGUAAUGUUGACCAAAAGACAAUUUACCUGAAUGCACCGUUUGUGAAUGUUGUUUGUAAAAAGAUAAAAACAAAACAUAAUCACUUAAUGUGUACAACCUAAUAAAGCUCUGCCAUAACUAUGUCACAUAAAAUUAACAUACUAUGUAAAGACAACACCUAUAAUUGUAUUAUUUGUUAGUAUUACCACCAGUUUGAAUGUUGGCUUAUAAUAGAUAGCAGCUUGUCAUACUUAGGUUUAACUAUACGUCUACACUGUAUGCAAUGCACACAUUAAUGACAAGGUUUAUUCUACCAGAGUGUAUAGAAAUACAUUUACACAAAAAGAAGAGAAUGUAUUCAGUUCUCAUAUUAUCAUAAUGCAUGUUUUAUGUCAGCCUCAUCACACACGAGGCAAAAGUACAACGGUGUAGCUCUUUUUUCUGGCUUUCCACUUUCCUAGCCAAAACAACUCCUCUUCCCAGUUGCAACACACAUACAGGUAGAUUACGAGUUUUGUGUUCCGGUUUUAACGCUGAAAAAAUUGCCAUUUCAGCGUAAAAAAACGGAAAGCAGCCAUUACAAAUCAUGUCGGUAUAGCUGCACCGCAAGUAUUUUAGCCUGUAACGCAACGUCAGUCCCGCACUCAAAAAAAUUACGUUUUUGCAUUGGAUUUCCAUAGCGCUGCCAUUACAAGUUGUGCGGUGAGGCUAAAAUACUUGUGUUACAGCCUAUACCGACACGAUACGUUCCACAAUCUGAGACCAGUAGUUAUGAGUUUUGUACCACAAAACUGUUAUACAAAACUCAUAACUAAACUGUUACAAAGUACACUAACAUCCAUAAACUACCUAUUAACCCCUAUUUCACCACUUCCCGACAUCGCCACCACUAAACAAACUUAUUGACCCCUAAACCUCUGGCCUCCAACGUCACCGCCACUAAAUAAACCUAUUAACCCCUAACCUGCCAGCCCCCCACAUCGCAAAAAACUAAAUUAAACUAUUAACCCCUAAACCUAACAAAUUACAAUAUCCCUAUCUUAAAAUAAAUAAAAACUUUCCUGGGAAAUUAAAAAAAAACUAAGAUUAAACUAUAUAUUAAACUAACAUUACUAUUAGAUUAAAAUUAAAAUAACUACAAAUUAAAUAAACUAAAUUACACAUUAAAAAAACCUAACACUACUAAAAAUAAAUAAAUCUACAAUUACAAAAAAUAAAAAUACUAAAUUACAAAAAAUAACGGAAUUAUCCAAAAUAAAAACAAUUACACCUAAUCUAAUAGUUCUAUAAAAAAAAAGCCCCCCCCCCCCCAAAUAAAAUCCCUAGCCUACAAUAAACUAUCAAUAAACCUUAAAAGGGCCUUUUGUAGGGCAUUGCUCCUUUCCCUGUAAAAAAUAAAUAAAUACAAAGACCCCCGAACAGUAAAACCCACCACCCAAAUCAGCCAAUAGGAUGAGAGCUACUGAAAUUCUAUUGGCUAUUCAAAUCAGCCAAUAGAAUUUUAGUUCUAAUCUCAGUCCUUGGAUUUUGUGUGGUAUGGAGCUCAUCGCAACCAUAACGCACGCACAAGGCUGCUUUUUAAAAAAUUGUAAUGGCAGCUCUAUGGAGGGUGAAAUAAGGCCACUUUUGUUGCGUUCGUUUUGCACCCACUAUAUCGCAAAAAUCUAGGUGAAAGUUUUCUUCUUCCCUGUACUUGGCUUACCCUAUGCUCUCUGCGUUCAACGUACAUAUUUGAAGGUUUGUGUAUAAAUGUGGCACUUAUCUCAAUGAAAAAAUGUUUGUUUAAAGUUUGUUUCCAUAGAAGCAUAUAUUUUGCUUUGAUUAAUAGAGUUUCAUUGUGGUUUCUCCUAUUAAAAGGUUGUGUACCCCUUA